AUGGGUAUCUUGCGACAACAACAACAUUCAAACCAUACAGCUGGAGUAGCAACCGAGAAAGUUCCUCUUUCUCAGCGUAUUCGCAUUUGUAUCCGCCAACAUUCACCAGUACAUAUUCACCGGAAUCACCAUCACGAUAACGAUACCAUGAAUACGAACAACAGUAAUAAUAAUAAUAACGGUGGUGGUGGUACACUCUCGCCUUCUCUCGAGAAAUCGCAGUCUCGAAUUACUGAAAUGCCGAACCAGAAACCAAACUUGAUAUUUCAGAGAAGAUCAAGUACUUCAGACAAAUUAUCACACUCUGUCUCAACUGCAUCUGCGACAUCACCAUCUCCCUUUAAACGACAAUCGUUCAUUUCACCGAUGAAUACAAGUCUUACAGUCAAGACAGAUUUCGCGUCGCCGAAACAAAAAUAUGCGAUCCCGCAUUUUCUUAACUUUUCGACAAAUGUGUUGGGGAGCAAAUUCAUGGCUCUCAGAAAUUAUGAACAGACUCUAAGAAUCAUACCAAAUACAUUAUUGUAUCAUCCUGUCGUACUAUCUCGCAAUAGAUAUAGCGAUGUCUAUCCAUGGGAACAUCAUCGAAUUAAACUGCAUUCGCUACAAUUUGGCUAUAUCAACGCAUCGCCCAUCGCUCUUCGAACUGCAAAUGGAAGUGGAUCUGAGCAGGAAAAUUUUAUAGCGACGCAGGGACCGAGGGAUAAUGGAUAUGAUGGGGGAUUGUUCUGGGAAAUGUGUUGGCAGGAAAUGGCUGAGGUGGUGGUUAUGUUGACGAGACCGGUGGAGGAAGGGAAGGAAAAAUGUGGUGUUUAUUAUGCCGAGGAUGUUGGGGAGGUUAAGAAAGUUGGGGAGUGGGAGGUUAAAUGUGUGGGGAAAGAGGAAGAGGGGGGGACGGUUAGGAGGACAUUGAAGUUGAGGAGGGUGGGAAGAGCGGCGAGUUGUGUGAGUGUUAGUACGAGGAGUAGUGGUAGUGUUGGCAGUGUUGGGAAAGGAACAGUUGGGAUAGCUGAGACGAUAGAAGAAGGACAACUAGAACAAACAACGGAAAUGGAACCUCAAGCAGAGGAAUUACAGGACGAAGGGGUCGAUGUCGAAGUCGAAGUCGAAGAACGCACAAUCCACCAUUUCCUAUUCGAAUCCUGGCCCGAUAACGAUAUCCCUCAAUCGCCUGCCGAUAUCCAUUCACUCCUCUCCCUCAUCGACGUCUCUCGGACCGCCAACAAUCACUCCAACAUUCCCCGCAUAAUCCACUGUUCAGCGGGUGUUGGUCGAACCGGCACAUUCAUCGCGCUAGAUCAUCUUCUCCGAGAAUUGGAUAUGGGACAUCUAGAUGGAUUGGCGAAAGAUAAAGAUCCGGUCUUUGAAACGGUGAAGAAGUUGAGAGAUCAGAGAAUGUUGAUGGUGCAUAGGGUGGCGCAGUUUGCUAUGAUUUAUAGUGUUUUGAAGGAGAAGUGGUUGGAGAGGGAAAUGGAGAGGGGAAGGAGUUCUAAGGAGAAAGGGAAGGAGAAGGAGAAGGAAGAACAGAAAGACAAAGAGAAAGAUCAAGAUCAAGAUGUUGAGGUUGAGACCCCCGGAGGUGGCUCGACGAAAAAGCGGAAAUUGGGUGAUUCAGGGGGCGCAUGCGAGGACUGGAGAAAUGGGGAAGUCAAGUUCUUGCAUAAGUGA